ACCUCCAAACAAUGGAAAGUACGCUCCAACCCCCUUCUCUCAUAGGUCCAGCUAGUUUCUAUCGCGCACGGUCUCGCGACAUUCAACUGACGAGCAGGCUCUCGCUACAUUCAUUUUUUGAACCAAUACCUUUACACAAUCAAUUCAAUCAUGCUAGCCGAUAUUUCAAAAGGCACCAUCCUGUAUUUCACCCCUGUGCUCAUGCUCACAGCACUCCUGCUCUCGUUGUUUUCGUACCUUGCCCCGACCGUUAUGUUGCAUAGCCAAGUCGCGCUGCUUACAGUCACGCCUUCCUCUGCCUUGACGCAGCCCGGAUCUACCAAAUCGGUGGAUGGUCCCAGCAUUUUCCUUGGACCUUUAGGGUCGUGCUCUCGACCAAACAAUGAAGCUGGUCUGACGUGUAUGCCAUCUUCCAUAUCUCCCAUCUAUAACACUUCGGUGUUCACAUCUAAUACCCCCAGCUCCGUUAUAUCGGCCCCACCGGAAGGUGCACCAACCUUUAUGGCAAUUUCCCUUGUAUUUUCCGUGAUUUUCUUUGUCAUGUUCACGGCAAUAUCAUUCCGCCACCUGAUGGGCAAAGCUGGUGCUAUUUGGGAAAAACCCAUGGUGCAGCGUGUCUCCGCAUGGAUUGGGAUCUUUGCGUUCUUAAUCGGUCUCGGAUCUACUCUCAUCAUUUUUAUGUGGUUUGGGAAGGCCGCCGAUGACUUCAAUCAAAGUAUCCAGGGUCAGGGAAGUAAUGGUCCCCAACUGAUUGCCGCUAUUGGUAAUGCAUUCACGAUGAUUUGGAUCGCAUAUGCAUUCUUUGCCAUCCCUGUCGUUGUUUCACUGGCUAAAUUUCACGUUCUUGCUACGAAGUGAUGACAAUUACACUUACAUGGACAUAGACAUCUUCCUUUCCGCCCUCCAUCCAAGAUGUAUACUUAUUCAUAGUUGUUUACUAUUGCUGUAUCCAUGCCCUUGGUGAACUCAUCAGCAGCUUGCAUUAUAGAUCAGGUGAAGUACGUAUAUGUACUAAUUAACAAUCAGUGAAACGGUUGACUGCGUAUGGAUUCUUGUAUCGAUCCGGCAUGACCGGGUUGCUUCUAGUCUCCCGUGCACCAUAAAAGGUCUGGUCAA